GACGCUCAAAGCACUAAAUAAAACAGCCGGUUAGGCUUAUAUCCCACGCAGCAAGAUAUUAGAGAGAAAGAGUCUCACAGGUGAAGCCAUAUCAUAACUUCGUGUUGUGAAGGGUAAAAAAAUGAAUGAGCGAAAACAUUAUUAUCAGCUAGAAUAAGAAUAACAGUGCUGUAUUGACUUCAACUGGGGCUUGUGAACACCGCGAGAAAAAGCACACUCGCAUGAAGUUCUAAGUACUAGAUUUGGUAGACGAACAACAUCUAAAAUUAACAAGUAGUAGCGCUAGAGGUUUAAUAUCGACAAGUUCAUGUCGGUGCCUUAUUUUUCGUCCAGAGCUAGGCUCGCAGUAACACGACUGAGCACAGCCCAACCUUCAUCGCGAGGAUUCCGCAAGAGCCUCUCAGCUUUCUCCUGUGCGGUGCUUGCUACCAACACAUUCACUUCGCUCGUUUCAGGCAAGCGUGCUGCUUCCAAAAGCAUGGCGUGGUUUGCAACGACAAUUGACAACACGGAAGGUGCGGAUCGUAUCAAGAAUGCGGUUCGAAAACUUUCCGGUUCGGGAGAGGCCAAAACCAUCGAUGUGCACAUUCGACAUGUGUAUUCCUAUUUUUGGUGGGACGGAAAGCUCGACGAGGCAGCGGAGCAACGACUAGAAGUUUCAGUGGAUGAAAAGAUUAAGGCUCGAAAAACCACCAGCACCAAUGUCUCUCGUAAGUUGACUUCUGGAGGAGCUGUGAAGAAGCGAUGAUUGUCAAGGCAACAUUCCUCUACUGGCUUCUAACUUGGUAGACGAAAAGUUUUAGGAUGUAGUCGUGUGUUGUAAAGCGAGCUAUUAUGAUCUUUCGUGUUCAUCAGUCAUCACCACAACCACUAGUCACUCGACGUAGACAUCAUCUGCUCUAAGAGCAACAGUGAAGGCACAGCGCCUCUUGUUGAGCAGACGAUUGUGCGUGAACAUUCAGACGACGUGCCGAUGCUGCUUUCUAAGCGUGGAUGGAACGAAAUGCCGAGUUUUCCUUGUUACCAGCUCACUUUCCGAAAAAGUCUAGAUGACAAGGAAAGUGCGGACGAAGCAGUGCGACAACUCGACUUGCAAAAAGCCGGCCGUGAAGUAGUGUCUCGGAGACAAGCAGGGUGCGCUCAAUUCGAGCGGGAAAGACAGACGCUUUUUGUGAAAACCACAGCACAGCGCAAGGAAGAAGCCAAAAAGUUAAGGCCACAUUUUUGGAUGAUGGAACAAGAACAAAUAUCCAAGAAACUUUUAUUUUGAGUGUAACAACUAUUUUUUGUUUCACCCGCCAUCAACAUGCACAAAAUAGUAGCGCUUGGUACAACGUACAUCUACAAGCUUUUUUCGUCUUUCCUUACACACAAGUGCAAGAUUUGACAUAUUACAGGUGAAGAUGUAGGAGGGAGACGACUAGAUGAGGGGCUUCUUCUUCCUCUUCUUCUAACAAACACCAUCGCAGACAUGCCCGGAGGCACCAAACUCCACGUGGAGGAGACUCUCGUAAACGCCAACGAAGACUAUUGGAAGUGGCUAGAAGAGCAAACAGAAUCAGGGUCUUUCUCUGUGAGCGGUGCCGAUUCUAAAGAGAAGAAAGACGAUGAGAGCGUGGAAAAUUCGAAAGAGGAAACUACCAGAGAGCUUUAAGGUGCGAGCGAAUUUUGCAAAGGGGGUCGUUAGCGGUACGCAAGGAGUCAAUACCGAAGCGCAAGCUUCUAUCGAAAUGGAAGAUAGCGAAAGCGAAACAAAUCUGCCCGAAAGAUACGGGCUUUUGGAUUGGGGUUUCUCCAGACAAAAGCUGUGCCCCUAGCUCUCCUACUAUGCCGUGUAGUUCUCCUCGAUGAUUCCGCAACCGCACGAUCUUCAAACUAUGAUCAGAAAGAUCAAGAUGUUGCUGUUGGCCAUCCACUUCCCACGUUGGAGGUGAUUUCGACGUCAACUAAAGCUAUCGAGAAAGGAAUGACUCACGAGCCCAUCCCCCUUUAUAGUAGACCUCCAAUUCUUUGUGACACGUACCAAGAUCAUCACGUUAAUACUGCUGCCUCGUUGGUUUACAACUUCAGAGAUCGACGUGCAUAAGUCAAAUAGAAUUAUGUUCGAUUCACGAUUAUCUGAGUAGCAGGAGGCCUGAAGACCACGCACUAAGUAAGUACGUAUGUAGUGUGGACCAGCCUUGUUGCCCGAAUAUUAAGAUUAAGGGCCGACAAGUUCGUCUCGCUGAGUGCGCGUGUUGUAAAAAUACAUGCCCAGAAAGCGGGCCCGUCAAGGGCCCGCUGCGCCGGGCAUAGGUUAGCAACUAGACAGAUAAGACUAGUACCAGUACGACGCAAGCCCCUAAGUCACCAGACCAAGCUAGCGACGCACGGCUGGUUCAGAGUGGACUAUCGUGGACGCCCCUCAUGGCUAAGCAAGCGGGGUCAGCUGUCGCUGUCUUGUGGCUAAGAUAGCAAGGCUAAGCUAGCGAGCUAGCCAACAUGAGGGUAAAAAGAGGCUGGCUCUGGCUGCCGGGCUAAGCUAACAGGGUGGCCUGCCAUGCAUGGCCAAGCUAGCUAGCAAGCUGGCCAUGGUUAAGAAAGCAGCUACUGAGCUAGGUCUCGCAAGGGAAGCAGCUACCGAGCUAGCUAUGGCUACGCAGCUAGUAGUAAGCUAGCUAUGACCAAGCAGCUAGCAAGCUAGCCACCAUGGCCACGUAGCUAAGUAGCUUGCUCGAGCAGCUACCUAGUAAGCUCGCUAGCUAUGGCGCAGAAGCUAGCAGGCUAGCUAUGCCUAAGCAGCCAGCAAGCUAGCUAUGGCUAAGCAGCUAGCUACAUGCCAUAUCUAUGGCCAAGCAGUUGCCUUAGCCUUGCUAGCUAGCUAUGUAUAGCUAAGCAGAUAGCAGGCUAGCUAUGGCUAAGCAGCUAGCUACAUGCCAUAUCUAUGGCCAAGCAGUUGCCUUAGCCUUGCUAGCUAGCUAUGUAUAGCUAAGCAGAUAGCAGGCUAGCUAUGGCUAAGCAGCUAGCGGGCUAGCUACGGCUAACCUAGCCAGGUAGCUACGGGGAAGGGGUAAGCAAGCAAGCUGGCCGUGGCUAAGCUAGCAAGCUAAGGCCCCCAUGAAGUGGCGGCGGCCCUUAAGGGAGGGCUUAUUAUUAGCCUAAGUCUAUUACUAUUACAGUUACUCCUUAAGGAGCCUCCUUGAGGACCAUCUACUUCGUGUCUUAAGGAAAACUUAUAUAGAAGUGACUUUUUAUAAUAGAAACCCCUUGAAAAGGAAUCCCAUUUCCUUAAAGAAGCCCCUUAAAUCUAAAGGAGGCUCUUCAGAAUUUUAGGCCCAUUGCUAACGCUAUAAAU